AUAAACAACAUUUUUGUACAUAUCCUCUUCAAUGAGUCUUAUUGAAAUCUUGUCAUUACCUUUAUGUAAGCUCACUUGGCGACCACAGGUAUUAAGACAGUUAGGUUCAUUCUUUAAAAAGGAAUUUGUUGUUCUUUUAAACCUCGAGUAUGAAGAGCGUUUGGAAAGCAGUGAUUGUCCUGAGUGCCAUCAUCGCCGCAGCACAAUGCCUGACCUGCCGUAUGUGCCCUCUUGGCAUAUCUGGGAACUGUAUCUCUGGAAAGGACAUCGUAUGUGGUCCGACUCAGAGCUGCUUCCAUGGGCAAGCAAAUUUCAAUGGGACAGAAGAGGUGUCCCUGCACAUCCGCGGCUGUCUGAACACCACUCUGUGUGGGCUUUCAGUGACCGACAGCAUACUGGGUGCAAGAUACACUGCAUUCCUCCAGUGCUGUUCAUCUAACCUGUGUAACGGAGCUGCGUCUGUCCAACUGUCUCUGACUGCAUCCCUCGGUGCUGCAGUGCUGUCUUCUCUGUGGGGCUUGUUGCAGUUGUAGUUUCACAUGAGCUGUGUCUACAACAGUCCCCUGAGUGGAUAUGCUCACUGUUUGCAGUUAUUCUGAUAUGAAGUGAUUAUUAUAAAUCAGAAUACCUUAUUAUUUACUUUAAUUUGUCAUAUCUACGUUGUAUUCAAAAUAUAAUUUUCAAACCUAUGAAGCAUCAAUAAAAAGCAUCACUAAGA